AUGUCGCACCAAGAAGUCAUCCUCAUGAGCGAUGAAGCGGUCGAAGCUCUCAUCGAUGAGGUCCGCAGUCAUGUGUCUAUCAUGUUCAAGAUCUGUGAAGCAGUCGCGAUGCUAGACAUGAUUGCGGCCUUCGCUCAUCUGGUCACAGUGAAUAACUACACUCAGCCCCAGCUCACCGAUACGCUUGCAAUCGAGGCCGGAAGACACCCAAUCAAGGAGAAGAUCAUGAAGAGCAAAUUUGUCCCCAACGAUGUCUAUGCUACACAACAGACGCGGUUCCAGAUCAUCACUGGUUGCAACAUGAGUGGCAAGAGCACUUAUAUCCGAUCCGUGGCUUUGAUGACAAUCAUGGCUCAGAUCGGCUGCUACGUUCCUGCUAACUAUGCCUCAUUUCCUAUUCUGCAUCAGCUGUUCGCUAGACUGGGCAUGGAUGACAACAUUGAAACUAAUGUUUCUACCUUUGCCGCGGAAAUGAAAGAGAUUGCGUUCAUCCUACGCAAUGUUGAUCGACGUAGCUUAGUCCUAAUCGAUGAGCUAGGUCGAGGCACCAGUACUAGAGAUGGUCUAGCCAUUGCGUUAGCUAUCGCGGAAGCCUUCGUUUCGAGUCGCGCUCUUGUUUGGUUUGCAACCCACUUCAAAGAUCUUGCGACUAUCAUGAGUGACCGCGCUGGAGUUCAGAACCUACACCUGGCAGUUGAGAUGGAAGACGCGCACAGCAUGACGAUGCUCUACAAGACCGCCCAGGGAGUCGUCCAAGAGAUCCACUAUGGCCUAACGCUUGCGCGUGUGGUGCCUUUCCCACCCGGGGUUGUGGAGCAUGCUACCUUGGUUGCACAACAGGUCGAGCGUCAUAUGCUGCGAAAGAAAAAAGCAUCCGAAACUGUGCUCAAGGAGAAGCGACGCAAGCUCGUCCUCAAUCUCAAGGAGCAUCUCGUUCAAGCACACACUGGUGUGUUAGAGGGGGAGGUUCUCACUGCAUGGCUCAAGGAAUUACAAAAGGAGUUUGUGAAUCGUAUGGCUGCUCUAGAAGCUGAAUCUACAAACGCGGGUCAAGAGAGUGAUGACGAAGAGAUGAUAGACAGGAGCGAGCUGAGUGAAGAAGAGCGACCUAGCACGUCCGCCAGUCCGUCGGUCAUAUCAAUUGACUCGCAUACUAGCUCCACGGAUUCUGAUUCUACCAUUCGGGCAAUGUCAGAAGCAUCUACUCUGAGAGCAUGGAGAAGAAAAGCCAAGCUAUCUACGCAUCCCAUUGAUCCAGCUUUGAUGCAAAAGCCGCAUGAUGCCAUCCGUACUGAAGCGUCGGGUGCGGACAUCUACCUUCAAAACCAAACGUUCACGUCCGUUCCCUACAACCAUACACAGUAUCAGAGUACUGUUGGCGCUCGGUCGCAUGUCACGUAUGAUUCCGGUGCUCCCAACUCCCGUAACGCUGGGUUCACAUAUGCCAAUCCUACGAUGCCGCCGCCACUGCCGGGUUCAAUGGAUUCGAUGGCCAAACGUCAGCAGUAUGGCUUCUCUACGGACUCGAACACACCAACAUUCCCAGACACAAAUUCGCCAAACACACUCUCACCAACGCCAUACAGUCCAUACUCGGCUAUGCCACUAACACCGAUGUCAAUUGGCUCUGAAGGAAACAUUAUGCAAACGUCAUCAACACCGCAAAAUUCAGCACAAUCACCGCCGGAUCUCCGUCGUGUGUCUGUCCAGUCUCUCAUAAACGAUCUCCCAAGAAAGAGAUCACGGCCGGCCGGUGACGAGGUCGGACGUGGCCGACAAUAUCCAAUUGCCGAUUCUGCUUUCACCACCUACGGAUACGACUUGGGUCUCCCUGAUAUCGAUACUCCGAGGAAUGACGACUUCUCUGCUAUUGCCAUCUUCAGCCCACAAAGCAACACCAUGGGGUUUAAUGAUGAUACACCGUAUGGUAGCGCUGACCCCCACGGCAAAGACAUGGCCUUCGAAAGCGGGGGUUAUUAUGCAAAACCAGUUCCGAUCAGGAUUUCGAAGUCUUUAGAACCACUGCCGUCACUGCUCGUAGAGAACCAGAUGAAUCUCUUGUACUUCCAUCACUUCAUCAAUCACACAGCGCGGGUUCUUGUCAACCAUGACUGCGAGCGGAAUCCGUUUCGUGAGAUUUUACCAGAGAUGGCUGUACAAGACGAGAACAUAAUGAACCUUCUUCUCGCAUAUAGCGCGGCACACCGAGCACGCAUGCUCAAUCACCCCGAGCCCUCAAAUCGCAUCGCCGUCUGGGUGCAAGACGUGUUCCCCAAGUUACGUGAAGCGCUCAACGAUGACCCCAACACUGUAUCCGACAGUACUUUAGCAGCAGUGAUAAUGAUGGCGAGUUUGGAGGUUAUAUCUUCUGGAACAUUCGAGGUCCCCGUAUCCUGGCAAAGCCAUCUGACCAUGGCACGCCAGAUGAUCAUCCAGCGUGGCGGACCAAAGGGCAUGGGGCGGCAUGAUCGUGUCGCCUAUUUCCUUUCGCGCUGGUUCGCAUACCUCGACGUCCUCGGCUCGCUGAGUGGGAACAAGAACGACACACCUCUUGGCUCUUUCUACUGGUCUAGCGAAAACGCUUCCGCGGACGAAGAUUUUGAGAUUGAUUGUCUAAUGGGCUUUACAACAAGAUGUGUAGGAUCUUUGGCUCGCGUUUCUGAACUAGCGAAGCGCUGUGAACCGCAGCGCAUCGACGAAGAAGGCAAUGUGAGGGAGGGCUGGACUCCUAGCCCCGAGAUUGUAGAGGAAGCCGUUGAGCUUCGUCACGCACUGGAAGAAGGCUUACUGGGCCGCAACAUCAGGAAAGGAUGCAACCACCGCUCGAGUACUUCCUCUGAGUCUGAAGGUGCAUGGGAUGCAACCGAGAUCUACGCGACCAACGAAUUAUUCCACUGGGCGGGUCUAAUCCACUUGUAUCGUCGCGUUUUCGGAAAACCCGCCAUGGACCACGAAGUUCAGCAAGCCGUGCGAGAGAUUGUGGGCCUACUGUACAAGAUCCGGAGAGGAAGCACAGCAGAGGCAUGUUUGAUCUUUCCCAUGUUUGCUGCUGGCUGCGAUGCGCAAGAUGACGGACAGAGGGAGAAGAUCAUCGAGCGACUGAGGAGUGUGGAGGGCUUCGGACUAAACCAUGUGCCCAAGAUCAGUACGCUCAUGAAGAGCGUCUGGGAUACCGGUAAACCGUGGGAGUCGCUCGUCUCUGGCGAGUUCUUCGGUUGA